UUAGGGGAAAAAAGACGAAAGAUCUACAAGACAAUGUAACGACGCAGCAAAAAUGUGUUAACUGUCCACUGCCAAGUAAUUUGAAGUAUUAAAUUAUAAUUUUGUAACCAAUCUGGCUGAAUAUUGUAAUCUUAAUCGUGUAAAACUCUGAGAAAAGGAAUCUCUACAUCUAAAUAAAAAGCAAUAAAAUCAAUAAAAACAAAAUUAUACAUACGUCUGAUAAAGGAGGGAAAGGUCUUUUAUAAAGACAACAAAGAAAGAAAAUGGUAGAUUUUUUUUGAACGCACAAAAAACAAGGGUUGAAUUACAAGUACAAGAGAAUGGGUGGGAGAUAUUAGAAGUAGGGCAGUGUUUUGUUUUCUUGAGUAGACGGGGUUAGAGCGGAGAACAUAGUUUAUAUAUAGUUUUUUUAUACAUAGGAACUAAAUGGCCGUUCCCCAUACCAGCCUGUAGGGAGGCAGAAGUGCGGAAACUGUCGAACACAAACCGUUCGACAAUUUGAGAAGACAAGCGAAGAAGAAGCAUAAAGGGAGGGAAAAUACGCACGGCUGGAUGGAGUUAUGAAGCAGAGACAGUUGUUACGGGGAACUACCGCGUUAAUCAACGUAUAUUAAAUUGAAAGUAGUACGAAACUGUGGUGAUCCUCUUGGGCUGCUACGACAAUGAGUAUAAUACUGCGAUUGCAAGGCCUUGAUGCGACGGCCAGCACUCAAGAUAUAAGGAAGUUCUUCGACCAUCUUCACAUACCAGAUGGUGGAGUGUAUGUAUUGGGAGGACACCUCAAAGAGGCGUUCAUCGCAUUUAAUACAGAAAGAGAUGCGCAGUUCGCCAUGCGGUUGACGGGGCAUGUCCUCAAGGGAUCAAAAGUAACUCUACACAUAAGCAACAUGGCAGAGCUGGAGCACAAAUUAACGUCACUUUUGAAGAAACGCAAAAGGAACAAACCCUCCCCAAAACAGCGUACUGGCAAAAGACCACAGUCAUCUCCAGAUAAAAGUAGUCCAUCUUUGAAUGCACAGCUUCAUGAUCACAAGCCUGGAUGUCUAGAAUCUCCUGAUCCCAAUGCUUCAAAUCUUCCACUUCCUAAUACAGCAACUUUGGAGACGUCGCCCGCACAAUCAGUUAAUAUCAGUACUGCUUUUCUGCUUGGGGUUUGUACAGUCUUUCAAGAGCUCCAGUCAAGUCUAAAACCACAGGAAACCCCCUCAAGCGAAGAGCCUAAGAACACAGAGCAAACCCCGAAUUCAAGUCUGGGCUACAUCAGGAUCUUUGGUCUGCCAGUUUCUGCUACAAAAGAUGACAUCUGCCAUUUUUUUAGAGGGUUGUCAGUAAAGGAAGCCAUAAUGAAUGUGGAGUUGGGGCCUGGCAAUGGCUGCCUCGUGCAGUUUGCAACCAUGCAGGACGCAUGUGAUGCUCUUGAUUACAACAACCAGCGACUGGGCUCUGUUUGUGUUGAGGUACGUUCAGCAACUGAGAAAAUGUGGACCAGUGCACUGCAAGAAUGUAAAAAGGAAGACCAUGGGGAGAGAACAAAACAUAAUUCUGGUGAGGAAACCAUAAGCCAUAUCCAAAAACCUACUUGUGCAUUCCAGCCCAAGAGGCAGGCUGUCAAUCAGUUGUCAUUUGAAGUACCCAAAAAGCCAAGACCUGAUAAACCAAGUGCUACAUUAUCACCAGCAAUGAAACAUAUUGUUAUGGUACGAAAUCUGUCCAAUAAGAUGACCAAGACAGAAAUAAAAGAAUUGUUUGGAUGUCCACAAAUUGCAAACAAAAAUGUUCUGCAUCUUCUCAAGAACAAAAACAGGACAGAUACAGCUUUCCUCAUUUUUAAUUGCACUGAGGAUUAUGACUAUGCAAUGAACCUUGAUGGUUAUUGUUUAGGGUCUGCUGUCAUUGAGGUGUCACCAGUCACUGAGAGGAAAAUGAGGGACAUGUUAAGUUAUUCCCAGCUCAAUUUUUUGAAUCAACAGAAUGUGGGCAUGAGAAAAAACAAAGACAGGCGUAUCAAGUUUGCACAUCAGAAGCGCGAACAAAUCAGGUGUAGAAGAGCGUAGAAGCGUUCCUGUUUGCUAGAAACCUGCCUGCAAGCCAUGUGAAGACUAUGACUAACAUCACCUUAUUAUGUGGCAAUGAUGGCGUGGGUGAAGCUGUAGUUGAUUUUUAAUCACAGGCGCUCACUGCAAUAGCUCAGAGGCUGCACGGUCAAGAUUUUAAUUAGGGACAAAAACGUUUCUUACCUGCAUAAAUAGAAACCAGAUGAACGGACUUGCAGUCACCAUGGCCAUCAACUGUGGUACCAUCCAGUCAUUGUUUGUCCACUGUUUUACAGUGCUGACCCAAAUCUUUAUAUUGUGUUCUGUUAUGAUAAUGUUACAUUUAAAAAAUGUUAAGUUUUGUCUUUUGCAAUGAAAAAGUGAAUGUUUUGCAAUGUGGCAGAUCUUCACUCGUGGGGAAUGAUUCAAUAAAUAUUUCUGCAAAAGGAAGAAAGUAAAGAAUUUACUUCAGCUAAAGUUCCACAGCCAAACAGACACAGUUGUGUCAUAGUGACUUUUUGGGAGUAAUUUGGUUCACUGAAGUGUCAAAGACCCGGAAGAAUGGGCAUUGGUGAUUAUCAAGGAGUCAGAAGAAUGGAUAAAAUACAACUUUAUUAUUCCCACAAUGGGGAAAUUCUUGAAUGAGCAGAGAUGGAUAGUCAGCAAGGUGAAUGCUAAGUCACUAUUAACAAAGGUUCUAAUAUAUUUUGUUUAUUCAGGGUGAAAUUUUUAAUGUUUCAGGGAAAGAGUCAGGUGCAGGUCUUGCAACCCUGUGUGCUAGCUAUAAUUUUGAAAUCUUGUGGGCUCAGGCAAAAUUCUUAGGAACCAAAGUAACUUUAAAGUCGCAGAAUGGCCAAAAGAGGGUUAGGGUUAGGGUGUUGAUGAGCUGCACUUUAAAUCUAAAUGAAACAAGGCUUAAAUCAUGUCUGUUUACGUGUACACAAUGUCCUGUCAUUAGAUGUUGAUCAUGCUGUAAAGUGACCAAUGAAGAAUGUAGAGGUACAUGUAUGAUGCUUAAAAAAGUAAAACUAAGCAUGACAUGGGCAGAAAAUGUUUCUAAAAAAACCCAGGUUUUGGCUGGAUGGGGAGAAUAUGCUGAAAAAGCUUUUUGCUAAAUAAAGUGCCACCUUUGCAGUUGAAGUAACGGCUUAAUCUCCUUAAUUGUAUCUGAAUAGGGAUUUUUUUUCUAAUGAGCUUGUAGCCUCUAUUUGAUGUAAAAGUUCCAGAUCACAUUUGAAAAGAAGACCAGACCCCGAAAUCAACAAAUCCCGAAGGGUGAAAGUAUACUGAAAACCCCGGACACCAGUUCAGCAACCACAAAAAUUGCUACAUAUUAGAAGGAAGCUGCUAUAAGUCAUGUAACUCCUUGGUAUCUUUAAUCUUGUGGUCUGUACAUGUACUAUUAAGUGUGAAGCUGGGUGGACAUGGGGAUUUAAAGUAAAGUAGUGAAUUAGCUGGAUGAAUUCCUUCACUUCAGCCUAAGUUAGAAACCUGUAUUGCUGUACCUCAAGCAGGCUGACAAAUUAACCACUGACCUGAUCUCUUGUACUGGAUAUUAUCGGGUAACAAACAGAAGGAAGCCUGUCAGUCUUAUGACAUUUUUGAAUCUCCUGAAGCUUUGCACACACAAAGAGAAUUACCCCAGUCACUACUAGCGUUAACAGAUUUUUACAGUUUUCUCUUUAAUCAAACUGGACUUUGGGAAAUGAACAAAGAGGUGCAUUAAAGACUUGUAAAAUGUUAUAAAUCUUUCAUUAUUAAAAAUAAGUGAAGACAAUUUACAAAUUAAACUAGGCAGCAACUAAAAAAUUAUGCAAACAUCAAUGUCUAACUCCGGCAUGUACAUGCACAUGGAACAGAGAUAAGAUCACUGAGAAGUUGUAUCCUCCUCAUCUGUAAUACCUGGGCGGGCCAUCAGAGAACCUGGAUGGACCUGUGGAAAGACAAUAAGGCAAGAAACAUGCUUUACAUACAAUUUGACUUCCACAUUAUUAAAGUGCAACAAACAGGAUGCUGCAUCAAAUGGAAAAUGAAGAGGGAAUAAGGUGAUUGAGAAUACCCGAGAGGCUACUUGAGUAUCGAUCAGUACCGCUUGGCAAUAUUGAUGAACUAGAGGAGAAGCCUGUGGAGUUCAUAGACAAGUUGUUCAGACUAGAACCCUGAGGAGGAAAUGGAGAAGACAGUUUAGAAGAAGAAAAACUAAACCAUGCAAAGUCACUUGUUUCAGACAAAUUAACGCUGGUCUUAAGACCAACAACUGCUAUUAAAAGUGAUGAAUACCAAAUCACUGUUAUGGAAGGGCAAGCAGCAGUUAUUGGUGGUCUUAGAAAGUCUUGAUUGAAAUUCAGUAUUUGGGUAAAUCUGAUGUGUUUUUUUUGUACCGCUGAUAUGCUUCGAAGUCUGUACUCCAUCAGCACAUCUGUUAGUUUCUGGGUCACUUUUAAAACCAGCUGUGCAUCAUUCUCGUUCUCAAUCCGGAAAGUAUCCUAAAAUAAAGAAUCCAGAAUAUUUUAGUAUUUUUUGCAUUAAAAAAAGUCUUUAUAGAAUCUAUUGUUAGAAAUGACAUGUACCAGGUAUGUGAGCAGUGUAUUAGAAAGGUUGCCAUGAUCUGGUGCUGCUCCCAUCAAUCCGGGCCUAUUUAGUGGCUUGUCUACUGUUUGAUCCAUUAAUCCACCACCCAUAUGGCCGCCUCUGUACUCAUCAGGAUACAUUCUGCCUGGGUUCUCCUCUAGCAUCCCACUCCGUCCAAAGCUAUCUCGUCCAACGCCUGGUUCAAAGUUAUCUUCACAUCUAUAUGGGAAAGUUCUCUGAUCCAUACUGGAGUCAAGAAAAUCUUGCCUUUUCUGGAAGCCUCCAAAACUAGGCUUCCCAUACUCUCCAAUUGGAAAGUCAGAGAUAGGCCCACCCUGAGAGGGAAACCUUAGAUCGAAGAACCUGGGAA